UGGAUUAAUUCGAUGGCAUCAUCUAAGCUAACCAAACAUCACCAUAUACUAAUAUGCGCUGCCUCUUAGCCUUUUAACUUUUUUGACGACAGAACUUGAAAUACAUACAUGUACCAUUAAAUUGUCGGCAUAGGGGACACAAGGGAUACGAUAGAGGGUUUGUGUUCCCGCCCAUGGCCUCCGGGCGGUCCCCGACAGUGGGACCAGGACCAUCUGCUCCAAAUUUGCGAGGAUCUUCUCCAGUACCAGACCGCUCGCUAUCGAGACUAUCUUCUCACGAUAGAGUCAAUGGCAUUCUUGAGAUUGCUAGGGAACGCGCCGAUUCUAAUCGUUCGCAACAAACGGGAAACAGCCCAAGUAUGAACUUUCAGCGUUUACCGAAUCGUGAUAGCGAUGGUGGGCCCGACGAAACGACCAGCAUCGCGUCGGCUUGUAACAAUACGGUCGACUACCAGAGUACGCGAACGUCGCCUAACCCUAGAAAUAGGCGGACUGCGCAACAACCGGAAUCUGGACAAUCCGCAACGAAUGGCACGAACGGUACGAAUGGUACAAACCAUGAAGAGGAAGAGAAGAAUUGGUUAAAACAAUGCUUCAGUGGCAUGUGGUCUAUAGAGCUAGAAAAUAAGGGAAGCGUGGCUAGGGAUCACUUAGCUUUGGAGCGGACCUUUCUUGCUUGGCUUCGAACAUCGCUUUCUUUCGCAUCAAUUGGAAUAGCCGUCACCCAGUUGUUUCGCUUGAACACCUCGAUAGGCACCGAAGACCCCCGCUUCCAGACAAUUCGACACAUAGGAAAACCACUCGGCGCGACGUUUAUAGGUAUAUCCAUAAUAGUGCUGCUGUUAGGAUACCGUAGAUAUUACCAAGGUCAACAGUGGGUUAUUAAAGGAAAGUUCCCGGCGUCAAGAGGAACUAUUAUAAUAGUAUCGGUUGUCGCAUGUGCUCUUAUAGUUGUUAGCUUAUUUGUGGUGUUAUUUACACAACCUACAGGAUCUAGUUGAGCAAUGUAAUUGUUAUCCUAGAUGUAACAAUCAAAAGAAUAAAAAAGUAAUAAAAUAUAAUGGUCCAUUUAUAUA